AAGUGGUCGACCAGAAGGCUGUGUAUUUCUUCAACCUGACUUCUAUGCAGGAUUCAGAAAUGAUCCUCUCGGCCACAUUCCACUUCUACUCAGAACCUCGGUGGCCCCGGGCACGAGAGGUGCCAUGCAAGCAGCGGGCCAAGAACGCACCCUGCCGCCUCCUGCCCCCGGGCCUGCCCGCACACCAACACCUGCUCUUCCGCAGUCUCUCGCAGAACACAGCCACGCAGGGGCUGCUCCGUGGGGCCAUGGCCCUGGCGCCCCCGCCACGGGGCCUGUGGCAGGCCAAGGACAUCUCCCCCAUCAUCAAGGCAGCCCGCCAGGAUGGCGAGCUGCUCCUCUCUGCCCAGCUGGAUCCUGGGGAGAAGGCCCCAAGGGUGUCCAGGCCAAGCCCCCACGCACCUUACAUCCUCAUCUACGCUGAUGACCUGGCCAUCUCAGAGCCCAAUAGUGUGGCAGUGACGCUGCAGAGAUAUGACCCCUUCCAGGCUGGAGACCCGGAGCCUGGCGCAGCCCCCAACAGCUCAGCAGACCCCCGGGUCCGCCGGGCCACGCAGGCCACCGGGCCCCUCCAGGACAAUGAGCUGCCAGGUCUGGACGAGAGGCCGGCGCACGCCCCCCACGCCCAGCACUACCACAAACACGAACUGUGGCCUGGCCCCUUCCGGGCCCUGAAGCCACGGCCAGGGCGCAAGGACCGCAGGAAGAAGGGCCAAGAUAUGUUCACGGCCUCCUCAAGGGUGCUGGACUUUGACGAGAAGACGAUGCAGAAAGCCCGGAGGAAGCAGUGGGCCGAGCCAAGGGUCUGCUCCCGCAGGUAUCUGAAGGUGGACUUCGCAGACAUCGGGUGGAAUGAAUGGAUCAUCUUGCCCAAAUCCUUCGACGCCUACUACUGUGCGGGGGUGUGCGAGUUCCCCAUGCCCAAGAUUGUCCGCCCAUCCAAUCACGCCACCAUCCAGAGCAUCGUCAGGGCUGUGGGCAUUGUCCCGGGCAUCCCAGAGCCUUGUUGUGUUCCCGACAAGAUGAACUCUCUUGGGGUCCUCUUCCUGGAUGAGAACCGGAACGUGGUUCUGAAGGUGUACCCCAACAUGUCUGUGGAGACCUGUGCCUGCCGGUAAGACCAGCCACUCUGGGAUGGAAGGAAACUCCGUCCCGCUCCACACCCAGCAGGGCAGCAUCCUCAGGGCCUUCUGGGAUGAGGGCUUCGUGAGGGGUACAGCUGCAUAUGCGAGCAGAGCUCACAGGCACCCUUGCCGGGUCCCAGAAAGAUCUGUCCCCCCGGGGCCCAUCCCGGGGUCUCUCAUUGCUGAUGACUUAGCCCCCUACACGCCAGUCUGAAUCUCCUGAAGGAAUCCGGGAAUUAUCCCUCACCUGAAGGCUGCUCAUCGUCCAUCCCUUCUGCUCUGAAGACCUGAAAGCCGAACGGGUCCACCAUGUUGGCUUUUGUGACCCAUCCUCUCAUCACUGGGAAAGAAGGCUGAAGAUGUGAGGGGACCUGCUCUCUUCACAAGGGAAGAACCUCUGUCUAAACAGUCCGUUGAAAACACGUUGGGCCACAUAUUGAUACUGAAACGCAGCACCUAAAUAAUGGCAUGAACUUUGAAACUCCGCUGCAAAAGCUUUCACACAUACAGUAUGCACAUAUAACCAAUCGUGGUUUCUUUUUCUUAAUAUAUAUUUUAUUUUAAAACAAAGAGGAGGGAGUGGACACCAUUCCCCACAGAGGUAAUCAGGCUGGUUAAGUGUGCAUUGUUUAAACAUGUUUAUUGAAAUAACACAUGCAGUAAUAUGUUGGAAUACUAAAAAAUAACCAAGAUUUUUAUAUUUUUGUAAAUUAUACUUUCUAUCCUGUAGAUUGUGUAUGUUAUGUGUUUUUAUGGAAAGCUAAUAAAUUAAAGGUACAGUGGUA